AGUAAGACGCCUAUUUCUAAGUUUCAAUUUUCACAGACCUAAAAAUUCUCUGGUUUUGGCACUUGUGGUGGUGGUUCAGACAUGGAAUCGAAGACGAAGAAGAGUUCCGAUUCAGCAGAGAAACGCGAUGAUUUGAAUUCAAAAUCAACGGAGGAGGAGGAGAAGAAGAAGCAGCAAAAGGGGAUGAAGAUUGAAGGGUACCAAAUAGAGGGUUUGUCGAUUGCUGGGCAUGAAACGUGCGUAAUCCUCCCAACGCUCAAUUUAGCAUUCGACAUCGGCAAAUGCCCCCAACGCGCCAUUUCCCAGCAGUUCCUCUUCAUCUCUCACGGUCACAUGGAUCACAUUGGAGGAUUGCCCAUGUAUGUUGCAACUCGUGGCUUGUAUAGAAUGACGCCCCCUACUAUUUUUGUACCAACAGCUAUAAAAGAAAGUGUAGAAAAACUCUUUGAGGUGCACAGGGCAAUGGACCAAUCAGAGCUGAAGCAUCAGCUAAUUGGCUUGAAUGUGGGAGAAGAAUUUUAUUUAAGAAAGGACCUUAAAGUAAGAGCAUUUAGGACCUAUCAUGUCAUACCAAGCCAGGGUUAUAUAAUUUACUCCAUCAGACAUAAACUUAAGCAGGAGUAUAUUGGUCUUCCAGGGAAUGAGAUUAAGAGCUUGAAGUCAUCAGGUGUGGAGAUUACAUACCCUAUUACCUCGCCUGAAAUUGCUUUUACGGGAGACACCAUGUCCGACUUCAUCACUGAUGAUUCUAAUACUGAUGUUUUGAAAGCAAAGAUUCUUAUUAUGGAGAGCACCUAUGUUAACAACAUGAUGACAGUGGAGGAUGCAAGAGAAUAUGGACACACACAUUUGUCUGAGAUUGUCAGUUAUGCAGAUAGAUUCAAGAAUAAAGCAAUUCUUCUGAUCCACUUUUCAGCUAGGUAUCAAGCGGAUGAAAUUCAAGAUGCUGUUUCAGCAUUGCCACGUCCUUUGGCAGGUCGAGUUUUUAUGCUUACAGAAGGUUUCUGAUUAGCAUUAUAGCUCAAAAGUAGGUUAACCACUGAUUUUCGUGAAAUUUUGCUUUUCCUUUUGGUGAAAUAUAUUAUUCCCUUUUCCCAAGUCUUGUUGGGAAGAGAAUACAUUUUCUUCAUGUUGACUUAUCUAUGGCCACAAAAACUUUUUUUAAGAUGGUUUUCAUACUAAUUGUAUACAAAUAAGAGUUAUUUUGGAAGUGUUGGCCUAUACGAACUUGAAAGAUAUCCAGAUGGGUUGCUUUUAUAAUUUUGUUUUGAUUGAAGUCAAGUAGCCUUAGCAGAACAUGCUCAAGCUCAGAGGCACCCCAUCCAAUUGUCUUUUAGGGUUUGAGAUUGUCUGCUUCUGUUUAUAUUUUAGCAGUUUGGCCGUCAUUGUCAUUCUUGCCAUAUGCUAUGUUACAUGGACUUGGGUACCGGUGUCGGACGCGGGUAUGUAUCCAUGCGUUGGACGUAUCAAAUCUCUAAAAGAAGGACACACGUACACGACUAAAUAUUCAUUUUAUUAAUUAUUUUAUUUUAUUUUUUAGAAUAAAGUAAUGUUUUUAUUUAAUAUAAUGUUCAAUAUAGUCGUUUAACUCAUUUUAAAGUAAUAAUAUAAUGUAAUUGAAUGAUUGAAUAUACUUUUUAAGUACAUGUCCAACUAAAAGUGUCGGACACAUAUUCCAUACUCAUGUUCGAGGGAUACGUGUUCGACACGGGUACUUCACUAUUUUUAAAGAGUCUGUGUAACAGAGUCCAUAUGAAUGGAGCCGGUUACAUGAAUUCUUUAUCUCGGUUCCUUUCUAUUACCCUCCGUCAUGAUGAGAUUAAUUCAAGGGUCUUAAGAAUUAUAUUUUAAAUUUUCACUUUCUAAAUUGUUUUUCAAUCUAUUCAUACAUUAUUAAAAUCUAUGAUAGAAAAAUCAUUAUAAUUGCGGUUGAACCCUGGAAAAUCUGCUUCCCUAUUUCACCGGAGACCAUUGGAUGGAUGUGUAUUAUAUAUAUAUUGGCAGGUGUAUGUUAUAUAUAAACAAUUGUAGGUGCACAAUUUUGAAACUACAGGGAUAGUCUUUGAACACUUUAGUGUUAUUUGCACACUUUUGAAAACAGAUAGGGGUGCAGUUGAAAACUAUUCCCAAAGUGAGAGUCAGGAAUGGUUUUAGGUGCGGCUUUUCAACAUCAAAGUCUGUCACAAGAAAGACAAAGAAAUGGGUGCUUGUGACUGGAUUCGGUGAUUCAUUGGCCCUGCGACAAGUUUGAACUCCUAAUCUCUUCCCUAUAGAAAGUUGGAGCCUGGUACUGCUAAGCCAUUGGUCUAUUGGUUAUCCCAAUCCAAUGUUGAGAGCCUCCAGGGCAUUCUUCUCGGGACGGGGAUGGGCAGCCAACUGCAUUGAUUUCGGAGUUUCGGCCGGCAAUCACAGCGGUGCGGUGGAAGGAGCUGAACCAUCAAGUCCUCUUGUACAAAAGAAAAUAAAAUAAAAUAAAAUA